AUGAAUCUACGUUCUGUAUUUACUGUAGAACAACAAAGGAUAUUACAGCGUUAUUAUGAAAAUGGAAUGACAAAUCAAAGUAAAAAUUGCUUUCAGCUCAUAUUACAGUGUGCACAGGAGACUAAGCUGGACUUCAGUGUAGUCAGGACGUGGGUUGGCAAUAAGAGAAGAAAAAUGAGUACUAAGAAUUCUGAAUCGGGAGCAGCUACACCAGGAAUUGUUUCCGGUACCUCUUUGGCAGUUCCAGAUGUUACAGUCAGAAAUGUAGUUAAUAUUGCUCGACCCUCAACCCAACAGUCUUCUUGGACAGCUAGCAAUAAUGAUGUCAUUGUAACUGGUAUAUAUAGUCCAGCCAGUUCAUCAAGUAGGCAAGGGACAACUAAACAUACAAAUACACAAAUUACAGAAGCACAUAAAAUUCCUAUUCAGAAAAACUCCAGUAAAAAUGAUACUGAGUUUCAGUUACACAUUCCCGUUCAAAGACAAGUAGCACACUGCAAAAAUGCCUCCUUGCUCCUGGGAGAAAAAACGAUUAUUUUGUCAAGACAGACAAGUGUGCUAAAUGCUGGAAACUCAGUAUACAAUCACACGAAGAAAAACUAUGGAAGCUCUUCAGUGCAAACUUCUGAAAUGAUGGUACCCCAAAAGCCAUCUGUGUGCCAGCGAUCUUGCAAAAUUGAACCUAUUGGGAUUCAAAGAUCAUAUAAGCCUGAACACACUGGUCUGGCUUCACAUAACUCAUGUGGGCAAAAGCCAACUAUUAGAGACCCUUACUGUAGGACACAAAACUUAGAAAUCCGUGAAGUAUUUUCAUUGGCAGUUAGUGAUUAUCCUCAGAGAAUUCUGGGAGGAAAUGCCCCACAAAAGCCUAGCUCAGCAGAAGGAACUUGCUUGUCUAUUGCAAUGGAGACUGGAAAUGCUGAUGACGAGUAUGCCAGAGAGGAAGAGUUGGCAUCAAUGGGAGCACAGAUACCAAGCUACUCAAGGUUUUAUGAAAGUGGCAGUUCCCUUCGAGUUGAGAACCAAAGUACAAAUUUGUCUGGACCAGGAAGAAAUAUGUCAAAUUCACAAAUGGUGAAUAUUAGAGACUUGUCAGACAAUGUACUGUAUCAGAACAGAGACUACCACUUGGCACCACGGACCUCAUUACAUACAGCAUCUAGUACAAUGUACAGUAAUGCAAAUCUAUCACGGAGUAAUUUUCCCCCACAUUUUGCACCAUCAAACCAAUUGAGAUUAUCACAAAACCAAAACAAUUACCAGAUUUCAGGAAACCUUACUGUGCCUUGGAUUACAGGGUGUUCUAGAAAAAGAGCACUACAAGAUCGUACUCAGUUCAGUGAUCGAGACUUAGCCACUCUUAAGAAGUACUGGGACAAUGGCAUGACCAGUCUGGGCUCUGUUUGUAGAGAGAAAAUUGAAGCAGUUGCAACUGAAUUAAAUGUUGACUGUGAAAUAGUUCGGACACAAUUAUGGUACCACUUAUGUGACAAUACCUUGCAGGAUUGGAGCAAUGUUCUCCAUGAGGCUGUAUAUGCUCUAAACCAGCAUCCAAUAUAUGGUGCUGCUUCCCCAAUAGCCAGGACUCAUGGGUCUAGGAACCAAAAGAUGGAUAUGGGAGUGACACCACUCACUGAUACCCCUAAAGAGACCAGUGAAGUUGUUCCAAAUGAGGCAAGGGCUCAUAAGGAGGAGGACCACCACGGAGUAUCUGGAGAUAAUGUGAAAAUAGAAAUUAUUGAUGAUGAAGAAAGUGACAUGAUUAGUAAUUCUGAAGUGGAACAAGUUAAUUCUCUCUUGGAUUAUAAG